AUGACGAUAGAAAAAGAGCUAUUGCAAAGUUUUAUUGCCGAUCCUCAAUUUUAUGAAGACGUUAUAAGCACGUCGCCCCCCUCGAGCGACGCCACAGCCUCCGCGACACCGGCCAACGGCAGCCAGCUGUCGCCCAACUCAGCGGACAACGGCGGCGUGAACGGGGCCGCAGCGGCGGUGGGCGCGGGCGUCCUCGCUACUGCCGUCGGCGGCCGUAAGAGACCGCUGCUGGCGGGAGGACCCAGGACGUCCAUGACGCCCACGAAACGCACCGUCAUGAGCCUCCUGGCGAGAGCUCGCGCGGCGCAGGCCAAGCAGUUGCCCCCUUCCUUUCCGAGAGCCAAUCCACUCCAAGAGCGUACCCCGACGCUGGUCCCACUGCUGAGGGAAGACUACAUAGCGGGUGCAGUUAACUUGAAUUUGAUUUAAGCCUCUAUUUAAAAGCGAGCGUUAAAAUGAUUUAGGACAUAAUAGAGAUUAAAAAGUGACUGAAAAUUGCUGAAAAAUUGAUGGAGGAUUCUGAACUCCAACUGCUCCAGGAUGCAUAAUGGCAGUUAAGGCGAACAAGUUUCAAGUACCGCUUAACGUUACAGUUUUUUACACGUGCCAUUAUCCAUUCUUGGAAAACACAUAAGGUACAGUGUAGUGCCGACCAAUUUCUGCUCUCAGAUAUCAAUAUAACAAUUAUUACUUAAUACUAAGUGCUGUAGAGAAAUUUGCAGUCAUUUCUAAACUUUUAUAGUUAAAAAAAUCACCGUCGCAUUAGCAAAUGGAUAUGCCUUCUUAAGAUUUGAGUUAAAGUUUUUUAUUGGUUUGUUUUAAUAGACUUGUGGAUUAUAACAAAAUUAAUCCUAAGGAAGAUUGUGGAUCAAUUAAACGAUAGGUACGUUUUCAAGCAAGGGAUAAACAAAAAGUGCCAAUUAUGUAUAUCUUAGCUGUUGUGAAACUUUCUGGAAUUCUAUUUAACAAACAGUACUGGUCCAUAUUUUAAUUUAAAUGAAUGUACACUAAUGCAAAAAACUAAAGGGUCAAAAGA